AUGUACAAGCCAUCCUCAUCCCCCGCUUCAGGCACAGAUACUAUUUCAGUCACUUCGAAAAGCAGCAGUGAAAACAGUGGCACUCUGAAACGCUUCAGAAAAGAGGAGUCUUUGCAGGGUCCACAAGCCAAAAAUCUGAUAAAACAGGUUCUGCUGACCAAACCAGGAGGAAGUGAUGUGCUGAAGGAGGAAAAAGGAACAAUUAGUCCUGCCACAAGAAAAGUGAUGGUGAACAUUCUAGUUGCAGACAUGGUGCAGAGUGAGGGGAGAAUCCCUCAGCGACUGACCAAAGAGAAGUAUGCACUGGGGAUUGUUACCCUGUUUCCCUCGCUCAAAGAUCCACAUGGGAAGACAGGAUAUUGUCAGUCCAGGGUACCCUCUCCCAGAUCCUUAGUCAUGCUGCGUCCCGCUAUCCUCGGACUCCUCCUGGCAUGUGCUGUGUCUCUUAGCAGCUCUGCCGUAAUUCUAGAGAAUGGCAUGCCCGUCCUUUGGGUCCACACGGCUGGCCAGUUGUCCGACCUGCCGGUACAGAAUGACAUCCUGAAUCCCGACCCAUGGCACUUCCUUCACCGUAUGAGUCUUUACCGACUGAUGAUAGCUGCCACAGACCCGUUUAUGGGAUCCAUGGGGACAAAUGCCACAGACAGUCCAAUCUGGGGACUUCCACUGCAACUUGGAUGGAUGCUAACCUCAGGGCGUCUUGCUGACCCAACCGGUGUUUCAACCUGCGGCCUGCAAACAGGAGAUACUAUGUGCAUUUCUACUGAGAGCUGGUGGAGCUGUGUUAACUACUUUGUCUCUGCACUGCCCUUCCUGUCUGCCGCACAGCAGGGCUUCAUGGGAGACGGACUUCAGGUCCAGAUGCAGGUACCUGAAGGUGUACUGGACUAUUGCACCACAUAUGCUGAUUGUUUGAGUCGCUACCCUGACGCCAUGGGUAAAUGGGAUGCCUUUUUCCAGGGUCUCAAGGCUGCAACUGACUCCCCUCUCCCUGAAAAUGAGAAGAAAGACUCCCUCCUCGGCCUCUACUGGGAAGCACAAAUGGCUUCAACUUAUGCCUCUGCUGCAUGCAAUGCCAGACAGAGCCACUUCUCCGCUGUAGAGUUGGCGUUUGCUAAGAACUGGCUAAACUUAGCCGAAUACGUUUCUGCAGCACAUUUCCAAUCCAACUUGGCAAACUCUGCAAUGUUCAUAACCCCUCUUCCAAGUCGUAUUUUAAAGGAGCAUGACCAAGCGCCUAACAUAGCCGAUCUGAGUACGGAGGAAAACCAUUCACUUUCUACCUUCUCCUGGAUGUCCACAGCCAACACUCUACUGGGUGGGAGAAUGGUGACUAUGUGGAGAGCUGCCAUGUGUUCAGUGACCACAAGAGAAAAAGGCAGAGAGAUGCUCGGGCAGCUCUUACUGGAUCCCACAUUCGCUACAACCACUUUCCUUUCAAUAUUCACAGGAAUGGCUACGAGCUGCUAAGAUACAGAGAGAAAUCAACUCGAAUGAAUAAGUCAUAAUCACUUUUUCCAUCUGAAAGUUAAAGAAUCUGUUUUGAUUUGUUAUAUUUUUGUUCUUGUGAAUAUGUGUUCCACAAUAAAGCCUCAUGAUGCAUUGGUAUAAUAAAUAAACUAGUGUGCAGUUGUA